AAAAACGAAAAGGUCCAUAGAUUUAAAACACUGCAGAGGAAAUGUGACUUUCUUCUGUGGACUGAUUUAUUUUCUUCGUGUGCGUUAUUUUGCACCAAGUUCAGAAAAUGCUUAACUUUUGAGGCACUUUUUCUCGCGCUCCGUCGCUUCUCGGGUUUGCAGAGGGGCGAAGGGGACUCGAAGGAUUUCAGACUGUGCUCUCUGCUUGCUGAUCAGCCAUUGUGAACUUCGGAAAGGGGCAAGGACUUCUUCAUUUGCCCGCUGGCUACAGUAGUUGUAUGUGCAUGAAAGAAACUGCUGUAUGAGCCAUGAGGCUGCUGUCCCGGGUCAAAUCGGACUGCCUGCAACCGGGAAUGGAUUAGUAUCAUUUUGAUUUCCGGAGGGCAGCGGAUCGUGAAGAAGAUGGCAUCUCAACAACCCUGGACACAGAUCACAAUCACAUUUUUGUCUUUAUCUUCCCUGGUCCUGUGCAGCAAAGUGGUAGAUGUCCCAGAGGAAGAAGGCUUCAACGCUGAGGCGUGGCUUCGUAAGUUUGGCUACCUUUCCCAGGCGAGCAGACAGAUGUCCACCAUGCAGUCGGCUCAGAUUCUGUCCAAAGCCAUCAGCGACAUGCAGCGCUUCUAUGGGCUGGAGGUGACUGGAGAGAUGGACGCUGCCACUGUGGUGGCCAUGCGACGACCUCGUUGCGGCCUCCCCGACAGAAGACAAGAGGACAUGGGCAGCACUGCGAGGAAGAAACGCUACACACUCACUGGGCAGCAGUGGGACAAAGACCACAUCACUUACAGUUUAAUGAACCAGCUCAUCCCCUCCUCGCUGGGAGAGGAUCGGACGUACAAUGCUGUCCGCAAGGCCUUCGAUGUGUGGAGACGGGUCACCCCGCUCACCUUCGAGGAGCUGCCUGCUGAAAACAACGUCAACAUCAACAGCAGCCAAACAGAGCUCGCUGACAUCCUGCUGUUGUUUGCCUCUGGUUUCCAUGGUGAUAUGUCCCUGUUUGAUGGCGAGGGGGGGUCGCUGGCACAUGCCUACUAUCCCGGACCAGGAAUCGGUGGGGAUACGCACUUUGAUGCUGAUGAGCCUUGGACUCUGGACAACCAAAAUCCAGAAGGUAUAGACCUGUUCCUGGUUGCGGUCCAUGAGCUUGGUCAUGCGCUGGGUCUGGAGCACUCAGAUAACCCCAGUGCCAUAAUGGCUCCUUUUUACCAGUGGAUUCACACACACAACUUCACCCUGCAUGAGGAUGAUAUCAGAGGAAUCCAGUACAUAUAUGGGCCUCCUCUCAUCACUGAUGCUCCACCCACUUCUCCUCCCAUCCCUGGCAACGAACCCAACAGUGACUCCCCCACCUCCCCUUCUCGUCCUGAAGAUGAACCCACUUCCUCUCCUCCCACCGACCCCCCACCCGAAACACCCACUGCGACCGACGGCAGCCCGGAUACCCCAGCCCGCCCGAGCCGUACCCCCAGCCCUUCCUCCACUCCUGUCCUCCCCACCUCAGCCCCCACGGUCUCCCAGCCUGAGCCUGAACCCGUCACCCCUCUGAUUAGAAAAGAUGCCCCCCCACCUCCUCCACCUCCUCCACCUCAUCCUCCUCGGCCUCCCAAGCUGCCGGACAACCAGGCCCCCGACAUCUGUGACGGGGACUUUGACACAGUGACCAUGCUGAGAGGGGAGAUGUUUGUUUUCAAGGGCCGUUGGUUCUGGCGUGUGCGGAGGAACCGGGUCUUGGACAACUACCCCAUGCCCAUAUCUGUCUUCUGGAUCGGCCUGCCCAGUGACAUCGAUGCCGCCUAUGAACGCCACGAUGGCAAAUUUGUCUUCUUUAAAGAUGAUAGAUACUGGGUGUUCAGGGAGGCUGAUGUGCUGCCGGGAUACCCACAGCCCAUACACGAGUAUGGACGAGGAGUCCCCACACACAAGAUUGACACUGCGAUCUGGUGGGAGCCCAAUGGUUACACAUACUUCUUCUCAGGAGACAGGUACUGGCGAUACAAUGAGGAAACCCGGACGACAGACCGCGACUUCCCCAAGCCAAUCAGCAGAUGGGGCAGGAUCCCUCCAUCACCCAAAGGAGCCUUCCUCAGUGAUGACGGCGCUUACACCUAUUUCUACAAAGGCACUAAUUACUGGAGGUUCGACAACCACAAGACAGAAGCAGACAAAGGCUACCCUCGCUCCAUCCUGAAGGAUUUCAUGGGCUGCCUGGGAGUCCCUGACCCUAAGCCUGACACUGACACUGACACUGAGCAGGAACCGAAAGACAAACCAGUGAUCCCUUCAGACCGAGGCAAAGACGAGGCCAAAGAGCCGGACAGGGGCCGGGACAAAGACACAAACUCGGAGGAAGACCAAAGCUCUAAGCCUGACAGCGCAGAGGAAGAGGAGGACAAAGAUGUGAAUGUGGUCGUGAAGAUGGCUGACAACGAAUCAAAGGUCAUGACCCUGAUCAUGGUGACUGUUCCUUUGGUUCUCAUCCUGUGCAUCCUCAUCCUAAUCUACGCCAUCCUCAGGACUCUGCAGAACAAAGAGACGCCGAGGGCUUUGGUGCACUGCAAGCGUUCGCUGCAGGACUGGGUGUGACGCACAGAAGAUAGAACGGGUAUCGAUCAUUUGUCUGGUGCAGUCGCUGGCAUCAAAUUUUUACUUACGGUGCAGUGGAAACAAGCUUUGACACAGUACUAAAGCCUAAGAAAGCCGAGGAUGAGUCACCCCCUUUGAGCCCCAUUCAUUGUGAGAACAUUUAUUGCUCAUGUGAAAUAAUCUUUAAGUGGUAAAGUUGGUGCCUGUGGAGCUACAGUGUACAUUUCCCUCUACUGGCCUUGACGUUUUUUUUUCUCCCUCGCCUCCCUUUGUGCCUUUCAAAUGUCUGAAAAAGUACCUCUGUUUCUUAAAGGUCGUGCCCGUUUCCAUUCCAACUUGAUGUCGCCAAUUUGAGUACUGUAAAAGACUCAAGACACUCAAGGAAUCUCUCUUUCUAUCAAUUCUAAUUGUACAAAGGAGGGACACAUGGUGUAUUUGUAGUACAAAUGCAGACAAAGUCGAUAAUGCACAUACAUUAACUAGAAGCACACACACUGUAUAUACACACAGACAUGAGCGCUUACAGCUAUUACAACAAAUACAAAUACAUGCAUUAAUAUGAACAGGUCUUUCUUAGGUUUGACUAAGGUGCUUUAGUCCAUUUUGACAUUUUCUUUCUGUUUAGAACAGAAAAUUUGCACUUUUGAUUUUGUUUUUGUGUUGUUUUUGUUUUGCUGAGGUUGCUUCACUGCAGACUUGUGUGUGUGUGUGUGUGUGUGUGUAUGUGUGUGUUCUUUCAGUGCAGAACUCUGUGCUUAUUAAACACACAGAUGCUCGCAGGAGAAGCUCGUCCUCCGACCAGCACAGGAAUGUCAGACAGCUGUGCGUCCAUGACCGCCUGUCUCCCACUGAGCCCAUUAUGUCUGCCCUCUCUCUUUCCCACACACACACAUACACACACACAAACACACAUGCAUCAACAUCACAUGAUCUAAAAAAAAAAAAAAAAAAAAGUAUUUGUACAUACAUGUCCACAUAUGCAGACACAAACACACUUCCCCAGACAAAGGCACAUAGAGUUUUUGCACACAGACACACGGGCUCCAGUCUUCCCUCCUCCCACCACAGCAACGAUAACUGUUCAGACUGCACCACUAAAAACACAAUCCCAGUGGAGACAUAUUGAUAUACGACUGGUGCCAGGGCUGGAAUGAAAUACAGGAGGGGAGCAAUUUAAUCACUUUUAACGAGUAGGAUCGAAAAGUGCUGUGGUUUUAUAUAAAUUCUGUCCAUCUCAACUCGACCUGUGAAGAGUAAAAACAUAGCGGCAGUAUCUGUCUUUCUGUAUCUCGCCUUCUUUUUUCAUGCUAAAGCUAAAAAGAGUCGAAGCUAAUUAAGAGUAGAAGGGAGAAGCCUGCAGGCUAGAGAAGAAGGGGCCAGGGUCUGGUUUCCAUUAAACCCACAUGUUGCUGAUUUAGUAGUGUCAGGCAUGAGAGGGAGGAGAGAGGGAAGUUGGGAAAAAUGCAAAAAGAAAGGUAUUAAAAAAAUGGUGGCAGGGAGUUACAAGAGAGAGAGAGAAAAGGGCAAAUGAGAGAGAAUGAGAUGAGGAGGGAAAGAAAGAAACCGAGGGAGGCAGAGAUUAAGGAGGGGAGAGGGAGGGUCCGGCCAGCAUUUCCUUUCCAAGUUAGGGAGGGAGGUUGGAAGGGUUUUGGGGAGGGGCAGCGCUGGCGUUGCGCCUCCUGACCUAGAUUGGGCCACAAAGUCCACUCCUCCUUUUCAGUUCUUCUUGUUUUUGCUCUGCUUGCUGUCAUGAGCUGGAGAUGACUUCCUUUGCGACCCCCCGCUCCCUCUCUCUACUAACCUUUUCUGUUUCCUCUUCUACUGUUGUUUUUCCAUUCUUUUUUAUUUUAUUUUUCAUUGCUGUAACUCACCCCACUUCUGUGCUCCCAAAUGUAUUAAUUUUCUUCUCCACGCUUGUGGAAAGUCAGCUCAAGCAUUUAAAAGAUAAUUAAUGCACAGAAACAUCUGCAGGAUGCGAUGUGAUCCUGUCUUAAUAUGUGUUUCUUCAUUGGGCCUCUCAUUAUCUUUUUUUUUUUUUUACCUUUGUCUCUGUGUAGCAUGUGAAUAGUGGCCUGUGAAAGCCACUCUUCACAUGUUGCAAUCGUUAACCUUGGCUGUACAUUCGUGCCUUUACAUUGUGCUUGUAUUUUUUUAGGCCUGUCUUACAUGUUUCAUUGUGCCUUUUCUUUCUGUGAAUAAUAGGGAGGCAUUGUUUUUUUUUUUACUAUACAUAGCAUGAGGGACCGUUUAUAAAAUUGUGUUUCUUCCCCUUUUUACUCCACUUAUCAAUUGUAGUUUUGUACAUUUUGAUUCUGUUCAGGUUUUCUGUUAGAACAGUGGUAGAUUAUUACAUCAAUGUUGAUGCAUGCAGGGCAUGUUCUGUGAGGCCUGUGCACUCCUGUGUAGAGUACGUUAAAGAUUUCACAAUAAAACUCCCAGGUAAAAGCAA